AUGGCCAAACCUUCCGGUCUCCGAACGUACCCUGUCGAGCAAAAAGCAGAGUCGACCCACGGAUCGAAACGAUCCUUUCUUGAGCAACAAGCCCGCGAGGACCACAAGACCAACCGCGGCGGCUGCGACUUUGUGUCGGAAGCGGAUGUCUUCGUUCCAUACCGCGUGACCGAGUUGACGCCACCUUGGAGCGCGCCGGUGCCCGCGUACAUGACGGACACCGCGUCGGCGUUGUCUGCCCAUUCGUUUUUGAAGAACGACUCGAACGCGUCAAAGGGCGAGUCGAGCCACGACUUGUCGUUCGAAUCGAGGUGCAGGCACAGCAGCAUCGUGCGCCGCGCCACGAGGCUCAUGCCAACGUUGGUCCGGUUCAGGAUGUCCGACGCCGAACACGCCCUUCUGCUUCUUGAGCACGGGGCCGUCGACUUCCAACCAGACGUCCUUGAUGUCGACUGGUUGUGA